AUAUGUAUUUCUAUUUCGGUGUUAUAAAAUUGGUCGGUCCACUUUACGAAUUGAUCGCGCAUGCGCGUAUGAAAGACGCGUCGCUCGUCCACCCGAUCAAUUACUGCGCCCCACGGCAGUUGCCCUCCGUGAAUUUACUGAGGCGUUCGGUUCUCUCUAUCCCGAUUUAUUUUUAUCAUCCAAGACGGGGCAACCAACAUCAAAACCAGGUGUUAGAAGGCGUAGAAAGUCCGUGUAUAUAAUGGAUCAAAGUAAAAGAGCAGCGAUUCGAAAGGAGCUGGUAAAACAUUUCCUGAAGGAGUUGGGGGUACGAACCGAUCCGGAAGAGGAUGCUGACGAAGAAAUGGAAUACCAGUCUGCUUCGCCGGUACAGCGAGAAGCCGAUUCGACUGAGGCCAGGCAAGUGAGUGAAUAUAUGAAGAAAAUCAAGUCUUUCUUCAUAGAACACCGUACAAGAUCUGAGCUCCAAAGCCUUAAACGCAGAAGAAUGUCAUCAUCGUCUGAUGAUGAUGCUGAUGAUAAUGAUGCUGAUGAUGAUGAGGAUGAUGAGGAUGAGGAUGAAGAAUAUUUUAAGCAGCGGGCAGAAAGGCGAAAGAAGCAUAAGGCGUACCCUCCUGGGCAAGUGAAACCGCGCCGCAUCAUGACUGCUAGGUCUACUAUGCCUGUUGUAGUCACGAAGGUGGACGAUCGUCCGUUACCAUCUCGUUCAAACCAUUAAUAAGGGUGGAUAAGAUAUCGUCAACAUAGAUGGAGUUCACACGAGAUAUAAUUUUUGUACGUUCUUCACUCUGAUACAUUCUUGAUAUGGCUAUGUAGGUACGGUACUUGGUUUGUAACUUAACAAACAAAAGACAGCCAGAUUUAACAAUACUAUUUAAUAAAAACUAAGCUGGUGUUUGGAGUCGUCUGUAAGAAGUUAGGUUGUAAGAUUUCAUUCGCGAGUUCAUUCUUCGUCUAUUUACAAAUUGGUAUGCUUCAUAAUUAAAAACGUAAAACAGUACGUGUGUUCGUUUGUAACCGUUUUGUGUGAAUCCAGUUGGGUGAGAGUUUUUCUAUUUACCGCUCACCGUAAGUUUAACAACAAUUGGCGUUUUUUUUUCAUUUUAUUUUGUCAUUGAGAUAAAAGUUAUAUUCGUAUAUAAAGUAAUAUAAUAUUACUUUAUACGAAUAGUUUGAGUAAAAAGAAAAUGUAUUUGUGAAAAAUAUUGUGCUCAAAACAGGGAAAGGUUAGGUACCAUUUCAUUUCAACUUAUGUAUCAUCAUUGUAAGGAACCCUGUAAGACUGAAGGUCAACUUGUAUUUUAUAUACAUAUGUAGUGUUUACGGGUGACACGACCCAUGCCUGUGCGAGCUUUGUAAUAACAGGCGAAAAUCAACAGAUUUUCUCUGCUUUUUACCCUAGACAUAGUUACUGGACAAAAAUUGCACGAAAUUUUGAUCUCAGACUUUUUUGUAUAAAUUAUUAUGAACUUUUAAUGCAGGUGAAAUAUUUUAUUCGGAUUAAAUUUUACAAUGUAAUAAAACGUGUCGACAUCUUGAAGACACUGUAGAACGACCAAGUAGAACGUUAACAGUAGGUAUUGUAAUAUAAAAUUGUUACACAAUUGAGUAUAAGUAUCGUCAUCCGGUCCGUACAUCUUUAAAUAAUAAUACAAUAUCUCAUAAUAUGAAUUUUAGGGUACAAUAUUAUCUGAGAUAAUUUAAAGGUGAUGUGUCAUGUAACCUGUAACUCUGCAUAUAAUUUAUAAUAUCAGCGCAAAGCUGUAAACUUUUAAACAAAUGUAGGUAUGUGUGGGACUGAAAGUUUAGGGCUUAAUAUCAUGGCGGUAUAGGUGUUACUUAUUAGGAAGGAAAAGGCUGAUUUUUCGGAAUGAAUGAAUUUACAUUUACGUAGGAUAUACUCAGGGCAACCACUGAAACGUACUUAGUACUAUUACGACUCUGAGUGUUAAAGCCGGUGUGCUCGUUGACUUCUAUCAAUCACAUCAGUCCAAUGAUUUACAAACUCUCAAGACGGCAUACAUAUAAUUGAAGUCCAUAAAAUGUAAUAAAUUUAACACAAAACCUUGCUAGUACUAGUACAGGCCCCGAAAAUAAGCAACUUUUUGUUUUAUCUCACUAAAGCAAAAAGAAAAUAUGUUAGAAAUAAAACUUUUCUUACCAAGUAAGUAUUCGGGUAAAACGAAAUUUAUGAUAAAUAUUCUGACUUUUUCAUACAAAUUGAAACAGCAAAAUUUGUUUGUAAAUUUUCAUAAAUACUAAAACGAUUGUUCCAUUCCGUGGCUUGGCCCAACACCAUAUACUUCGUGUACCUAAAUACUGGUUUAUAGGUAGAUGUGUUGUUUCCGAAAAUAUCAAAGCUUUAGAAACAAGCUUGACAGGGGCGGAUUAAUUGAAUUUCAAAAUUAUAAUGGCUAGUAACCGUAGACACGCAUUAAUCCAAUUAUUGACAGAUAUCAAAUGUUGGAAGAUCGGUUUAGACAGGACUCAAACGUAAACCCUUUGGGUCUGGUGUCAGACACAAGCUACCUAGGAAUAUUGGAUUUCAAUAGAAUCAGCAUUAAAUCAUAUACACCGUGCGCAUAGUGUCCACUUGCUUCCACUUAACACAUACAUAAAAUUGAUUAAAACGUCUUCGGUGUUGAUAACCUUAGUAAACUUGAAACAAGAAGUAGCUACGUUGACGCACGCAGCGCGUUAAUAGUAAAAUGAAGCACAAUCUAAUAAUCUUGACCAGUUUAUUUUAUAUUCUAAGAUUAAAGUGUGUGUGUAGAUUUAAAUUAUUUUUUUUUAGCAGUAAGUAGUUGUAGAUGAGUAAUGACUAAAGGACUUAGAUUGUAGAUCAGUGUAUCAGGUAUAAUAUCAUGUAUUAGUACGUACUCUAUACUGAGUGAUUCUCUUUUAGAUGUGUGUUUGUGUAACAGUGAUACGAAAGGCUAACAUCUAAUUUCAUCAUAAUUCUUAAAUGAUAUAUAUACAAUAUAAUGGAAACAUUCUUUAACAAUGAUAAUAAUAGAAGAAUAAUAAACUUUUGUUAAAUUUAAAAAUGGCGACGUUGAUUUAAAAAAAAAUACACAUGCGUGAAUAUUCCGCUCAUAUAUUAUGUAGUUAUCAAAAAAUACAUAUACAUGUACUCUUGAUUUAGACAAAAACACAAAUGUAAAUAAAAUAAAAAUUGAAUGCUGAAAAUUAAUUACAAAUACUGCUGACAAUUUUCUAAAGUAAAAAAUUGGUGAUAUUGAAUUUUAGGAUUGAUAAUUUUACAGUUCUAGAAAAAAGCUGGUAUCACGAAUAUCUAUAUACUAUGUAUGUGUUACAAAAUAUGUAUGAAAUAAGUCGAGUUUUCUUGCCAUAAUAUUGGAUGGCUACGUUUUUCAACUGUUUUGUUCUAAAAUGUUUGUAUCAUCUGAUUUAUUUGUAUAAUGUGCUCUGAUAUUGUGCAUGUACGUAUACAUUCUUUUUAAAAUGCCCCAAAAAUUUGUGAUUGGCUAACAAUGCUGUAAAAGCGUAUAUCUAAGGACUUAUUGCCCUUUUCUAGACGGAAUGCAGGAUUAUGAUUGUAUCCCUUAAGGGGGGAUUAUUUUUAUGGCUAUAUUUCAAUUUCUAUUUUUGUAAAAUGAAACAUUAAAUUGAAAGGUCAUUAAUGGCCUUUCCUGCCUGCGUUCCCUUCAUAUCAAAAUAUUUUAUACUAAGCAAGCAAUCUUAAUUAUGUAUUUAUAUUUAUUAAUAAUAACCAUGCAAUUGUACUACUGCGUAUUAAAUUUUUCUAAUAAAA